AUGGCCCAGAUGGUGGCUGCGCGAGUUGUAGCGAUAGGAAACUACUACUUUGGUGACUUGACGACAGCGAGUGCGAGUGACCCCAAGGCAGAGGAAGAGGAAGAGCCCGCCGCCGCUGCCAUCGAGUCUAACUGCUCUUUGUCAUCAUCCCCUCCAAACACUUGCCUCUCUCUCCCCAGCAGCAAUGUGCCAGUCACUGCAGUCACUGCAGUCGCCAGCUCCAAUGCGCAAAUCCAGCAACGUCUUCUCUCUCCUCCUCCUUCCCACAGCAAACCGGAUGCUGCCAGCAGCCUUGAUCGCGAUUACAAUUACGGCCUGACCCCAGGCACGGCCAGCUCAUCAGGCAACAUGUCUCCUAUCCUGACCGUGGGCUCGUCAGAGCCCCAGCCUGCCUCCGAACCCGUCCUAGAUCCCAUCUCAAGGCAAAUCCUCGAAAGGACCCAGUCGCAGAGCAAAUUGCCUGCUUCUUCCCAAGGCGGUGUGCCUUCCAAGUCGCCUUAUGCAGACUCCGGUUACUCCGACUCGGGCAGCCUGAAAGCCGAGCCGGUCUCGUUGCGACGGGUUGAUAGUAGUAAUUCGGGCAAGGAGAAGAAGUGA